AUGUCCUUUUCUACACAAUAUUAUCAGACUUUAGAGUUCAUCAAAAAUAAAUUUAAUGAUAAUAGUAAACCUUUAGAAGAAGUAAAGCAUAUGAUGGAUGAUGAAAUGCCCACAUCAAUUCCUAAUACCCAUAUCGUGAAUGAGGUCAAACUGGAUGAAAGAUAUAGGAUCAAAAGCAAGGAAUAUUUAGAGGUUGGUUUGAAAAUGUACGAGGACGUUGUGGAUGAGAAGUGGAAAGAUUUUGACGAUGACGGGUUAUACGGAGAGUGGAUUAAAGUGAAGGAUGAAAAGAAAGAGGGUGAUGAAAGUAAUCUUGGAAACAUUAAGGUUACAGGAAGGGUCGCGCUUCACUUAUUUGGAGGAGGAUAUUUUGCGGGAUCCAGUAAAAUAUCUCGUAAUCAUACUUUCUCGAUCGCUGAAAAGGCUGAAUGUCAAGUUUUUUCAAUUGAUUAUCAUCUUGUCCCAGAACAUCAAUUUCCUGCGCAACUUUGCGACGCUUUAGCAGCGUAUUUUUAUCUUACAAACCCUGGCCCGGAAGCUGGAUUUGAGCCAAUUGAUCCAAAACGUAUUGUGUUUGUUGGAACUAGUGCUGGUGGUGGAUUGGCUGUUGGUACAGCGCUGUUUCUUCGUGAUGCAG